UGUGUAGUAACUUGUAAGCCUCACGACUGUCGAACCAUUCAAAAGUCAUUCAAAAGUGACAACGAUCUUGCUCAAAUGUUGACCAAGGUUAACUCCGGGCUUAAAUAUGUCUUCUAACUAUAUCAGGUAUUCUGUUAUACUUUUCUCUUCCCCAUAAGUUAGGAUCUUGCGUUCAAAACUUCAUGUCUAUUGAGGAGCUUUCACGGAAUUCGCAAUGCUUGAUCUGCCAGGCUAUCCCAACAGCGUUUAACAUUCGCCGGCGUACCCUCAACACUUCACAAUCCCGGCCGGAUUCUCGCAUCAUUAUCGAAGUUCUAGGCCCGCUAUACCCAGAAGCUGUGUCCUCUAAUCAGCGCGAGCUAGAUUUAUCUAAUCCGAAUAGCAUUUUUGUCUGAUUGUUUCUUAGGCUCACUGUUAGAGUCCCAAAAGAUGACUUCGAAGUUAUAAGUGGUUAGUAAUAGUCCAAUGAACUCUCUCCAAAGAGUAUAAUGGCAUUUGAAUUUUAGUGGACUCCUCACUCUGGAGUAGAAGGGAUUGGACGUUUCAGGACUGGCUUCUUUCUCAGCGGUGCCUCUUCAUUACCGAGCAUCAAACCAUAUUGAAAUGUUCGCAAGCAGAAGCAAGUGAAGAGCUCACGUGGAGUCCUCAAGUUCUUGAAAACCCUAGGCCGCCAGCGGUUUUAGAUGAUAGUCUAGUAAGCAGUAAUAUUGAAGAUUAGGAUGAUUUGAACAAAGACAAAAUUUGUCAACCCCCAGGCUACUUUGAGCUACAAUCCUACGGCACAGAGGCUGAGUACCUAACAUAGUUAAAGACACCGCGCUCUAACAGAAUACUGCGGAUGAGUCCAAAACUAUACACCCCGCUAACUUUCUUAUGGCACCGACAUUCUCCAUGCUUUCACAGGCAUAGCUAAAUACCUAUCCAGGUUACUACCUUGCCCAACGCUAUCCGAUCUACCGGAGAAAUAUCUACCACAGUGUCUCCUGUGGAGUUGCCCAGGGGAACCAGGCAGGAGGGGUGAAAUGCCAGAAAUAUCCCGUUGGAGCUGGGCAGUGGCAUUGAGCACUGUUGGCUAUGAUUGGAUAUGCGCCAACCACCGGUUAGACCGGGGCGUCCUUGAAAUCGUAAGCUUGGUGUUCUUCUACCACCAAGAUCCGGCUUGCGGUCUUCGAAAAUUCGAUAUCCAAGAACGGUGGAUCCAACACGAAGUAACAAUCAAAAAAGCAGCAAGCCAGGCUGAGCUACCUACCCCCACGCCCAAAGCGCUAUCUUCCAACUGGAGGACCAAUCGAGAUUGGGGAAGACUGUCCCCAUAGUCCAUCCCAAGCCUUUGCCCGUCAAGUCUUGAGUGCGGAAGCCCGCCAGCUCGCCACUAUGUUUCCCGGUUCCUUGGCCUUCAAUACGGCAGUAACGUCACCAGGUACAGACCUCUUCUCUAAAGAAGAAUACUGGGAAAGGCCAUGAUGCACAGAACGCGGCAAUUUGGAAUGAAGGCACAAUUGUUUGGCGUCUAAACAUGACGGGUUUCGAGUGGAUCAAUACGCGACGGACGACGCCGGGCAAUAGAAAGCAUUUCGAUCUUACCGUUAUAUCCGGUGCCUUGGAACCUUUAUUAAUUCGGUAAUUGCAUGCCUUUCUUCGUUAGCAUUGUUGAAUAUGGUAGCUGCGUGUGGCGCUUGUUGGGCGGUCGGUGUGUAACCCAUUUGUUGCUCGUUGCGUUGGCGUCGGGGCCAUCUCUUUAUGCGAUUGGAAGCAGCGUCGGUCCAGAUGGGAGACCGUUGUAUUAUGCUAAUUCUUCAAGCGUCGAUUGAAUAUUAGGCGGCAAUGCGUAUUCAAAGUUGCCUUGUAUCUGAUAAUUUUUCAAUAGUUGCUACGACUGUCACACCAGCGCAAAGCGAUACUUACAACAACAGUACACGAUAGAUGUUACAGUUCGACGGAUUGAUAAGUACGAUUUCUAACACUAAAAAGUUAAAGCUAUCAGAUAUGCACCUCACAGCACAUCUCUUGGCAUCGAAUGCCAUCGGCGGCGGCGGGAUGUUACACUGACAGCUGUACGCAUUUUGGACGUUCCGGCCCGUGUUAUUAAAGCCCGUUUAAGAGAAUCAAACAAGU